GAGGCCCCUGUGUCCAUCAGGAAAGGUCUCCUCUGGAUCCAGAGCCACCCUGGAUGUUCCCAAGGGCUGCAGUGUGACACAAGAUGCCCAGUGUCUUUCUGAGAUGAACUUGGGCAAGGAGGAACUCCCAGCGCAAGGCGCUCUCCUGUCUUUUUUUCCUCCUAACCAGGAAUUUUCAUUCCCAAACUGUGUCCAGAUGGAAGAGGAGGAGGAAAAGCCCCAGAGAUCCCGCACGAGGAGGGGCUGCAAACCUAGCCCAGGGAGCUGCGAGGAGGAAAGAUCCCCCCAGUGCCAGGAACACGGCCAGAGAUCCAGCCAGAGCUCAGAGCUGGGGGAGAAGCCCCACAAGUGCUUGGAAUGUGGGAAGGGCUUCAGGUACAGCACCCACCUGAUCCAGCACCAGGUGAUUCAUACCGGGGAAAAGCACUACGAGUGUGGGGAAUGUGGGAAGAGAUUCAGCCAGAACUCCAACCUUUGGAAACACCAGAGAAUCCACACUGGGGAACGGCCCUAUGAGUGUGGGAAAUGUGGGAAGAGUUUCAGAGAUAUCUCUGAACUGAUGAGACACCAGGUGAUCCACACAGGGGAACGGCCCUACACCUGCUUGAAAUGUGGGAAGAGCUUUGGGUGGAGCGCCGCCCUGAGGGCACACCAGCGCAUCCACACUGGGGAGAGGCCCUACGAGUGUCCUGAGUGUGGGAAGAGGUUUCAGACCAGCACCCAUGUCCUCCAACAUGAGCGGAUUCACACAGAGGAGAGGCCCUUCCGCUGCCCCGACUGCGGGAAGGGCUUCAACCGCAACUCCCACCUCACUGUCCACCGGCGCAUCCACACUGGGGAGAGGCCCUACGAGUGUCCCCAGUGUGGGAAGAGCUUCUCCAGGAGCUCUCACUUGACCAAACACCAACAGAGUCACCAGUAAGGGAAGCCCUGCGAGUGCCCCGAGUGCGGGAAGAGCUUCGUGUGCUGCUCCAGCUCCAUCCCCCAUGGGAGGAUCGGCGUUGGAUGAUCCCCAGUGACCCCCGUUGGGCAGAGCCCUGGUGAUCCGUGGUCCUGGUGAUCGGUGUUGGGAAGACACCUGGCUGGGAGGCCCCACAUCUUCCUGGCUCCCUGUGGGCACCUGGAUGAAAACAGGGGAAUGAAAAUCCAACAGGAUACAGAAUGACAGUGGGAAUUGUUGAGUAUAAAUCCUAGAGAACCUUUUGCCUCAGGAGCUCUGUGGGCAGAGAAAAGGGGGUGACACCGAGCUUGGGGGGUCCCAGGGUAGCACACACGCUCUAUGGGGGGGGAGGACACGACCCCUGAGACCCCCCCUCACCUUCCUGCGCAGGCAGAAGCCGAGCCCCAGUGCCAGGAAGAUGAAGCCCAACCCAGAAACUUCAGUCCCCAUCAGCAUCUUGCUGUGGGUGGCGUCUGACAGCAUCCCAGGGGCGUCUGCACAGGUCAGGACCCCCAAAAUCUCUCACAGACACCCCAAGCCUUUCCAAGGACCCUCUGAAACCUCCUUUGGCGUCACUAAUUUUAAAAAAUUAGGUAUUUUAGAAAAAUUAGGGAUCUUAUCUAGAGAUAAGCCUUGCUGGAACUAGUUAGAGUUAAUGAUGAAGUGAGAAGUAUAGAGGAAUGGCUAGAGAGCAAAGGUCAUGUUCCCAUGCAGCAGUUAGCUGAGAAAGAAUUAGACAAUAGAGUACAGUCAGUGUGAGAUGUUGCAAAGUUAGGAAGACCUUAGUGAUAAUUGUUAACUGAGAACAGGAUGCUGUGAUCAGAAGAAUGUGAAUUCAGCAUAAAUGAGCGAUCACAGGAAUGUGGAAUUAGGUGGAGUUGACCUUAAAUGAAAUAUCCAAAAAUGAGCUUGCUUUUGCACUAUGUAUGAGCCCAAUUAUGGAUGUUAUAUAAGUGGUUUUAGAGUUACCAAUAAAUGAGACUUGCUGAUCAUUCAUAUUGAGUGCUGCAUUUCUCCCGCCGAACUCGACAAAUGGCGCCUGAACAGCAGGGGCCCUGGGGACCUUUGGGACCCUAGGGACCCUUGGAACCUUUGGAACCUUCAGAGCCUUUGGGACCUUUGGAGCCUUUUGGACCUUAAAAAGGAGUCGGAGUCGGCCAAGGGAGUCGGCGACAGGGGACGGGUCCUUUGCAGCAAGGACGGCGAAACGCAACAGCUGUGCUGCAUUCCAGACAACCUCGGAGGAGAGUCCUGAUCACACAGCAACGGUGCCGCACCCCAGGCAACCUCGGAGUAGAGUCCUGGCCGUAACGUGCUGCCGAAACCUUGUAGGGGCUGCAACAGCGCGUGCUGAUGGGCCUGUCUGGGUGCCGAGCCGAUGGACUAAACCUGCUGAUCCCAGUGAUUUACCUUCAGCUGAUCCAGAAAAUUUAGCAGAUACUUCUCGCUCUCUACCAUCAACAUAGAGACGGGAUCUGAUGAACUCUCACAUGCAAAUCUUGUGUACAGUACCAAAUUGUGAAUGUUAUCCUUUUGUAUGUUACAUUUGUGAAGUGUGUAAAGAAAAGUGGUGGAUACAUUCUAAGUGGGGUCGAUCUCCAAGAGGGAUUUGUACAGAGUGUUACAACUUUGAAAGAAAUUUAACUGAGAUUGCAUUACAGGAAGGUGUGCAAACAGGACAAUUUGAAAAAGGAUCUGAUAGAUGGUGGGAGAUUUUUGCUUUUGGAAUAAUUCCAGAAAAUUAUUGUUACCAUCCUAAUACCCCUUUACCGUAUAUUAUUGAAAUAACCACAAUACGUUGUCGUAAGACACUGACACAAGUCAGGUAUGAUAUUCCAGGGGUAAAAAAUAAAAA